GUGACGCGGCCGGCGCGGCGGGGCGGUGGGGCCGGCGGGAGGAGCCACAUCGCAGCCGUUCGGUGGGGACCGGAGCUCCGCCGGUGCCGCUCCCAACAUGGCGGCGGCGGCGGCGCUACCCCGGCUCUCCCUGCCGCUCCCGCGAGAAGGGGGGGGCUACUCGGAGUCCCCAGACCUGGAGUUUGAAUAUGCAGAUACAGACAAAUGGGCAGCAGAGCUCUCUGAGCUCUACAGCUACACAGAGGGCCCAGAGUUCCUGCUCAACCGCAAGUGCUUCGAGGAGGACUUCAGGAUCCACAUGCGGGACAAGAAGUGGACGGAGCUGGACAGGAACCAGCACCGCACGCACGCCAUGCGCCUGCUCGAUGGGCUGGAGGUCACUGCCAGGGAGAAGAGGCUGAGGGUUGCUCGAGCCAUCCUUUAUGUUGCCCAAGGCACGUUUGGAGAGUGUGGCUCUGAGGCCGAGGUGCAGGCUUGGAUGAGGUACAACAUCUUCCUCUUGCUGGAGGUGGGGACCUUCAAUGCUUUGGUGGAGCUGCUGAACAUGGAGAUAGACAACAGUGCAGCUUGCAGCAGCGCCGUGAGGAAACCAGCCAUCUCCCUGGCUGACAGCACAGACCUGAGGGUGCUGCUGAACAUCAUGUACCUGAUCGUGGAGACUGUUCGGCAGGAGGCUGAGGGGGACAAGCCUGAGUGGAAGAGCAUGAGACAGACCUUCCGAGCAGAGCUGGGAGCCCCCCUGUACAACAACGAGCCCUUCUCUGUCAUGCUCUUUGGGAUGGUGACCAAGUUCUGCAGCGGCCAUGCUCCUCACUUCCCUAUGAAGAAGGUGCUGCUCCUGCUCUGGAAGACUGUGCUGUGCACCCUGGGGGGCUUUGAGGAGCUGCAGAGCAUGAAAGCAGAGAAGAGGGAGCUGCUGGGGCUGCCGCCGCUGCCGGAGGACAGCAUCAAGGUGAUCCGGAACAUGAGAGCUGCCUCCCCUCCUGCCUCCGCCUCCGACCUCAUUGAGCAGCAGCAGAAGCGGGGCCGGCGCGAGCACAAGGCCCUGAUCAAGCAGGAUAACCUCGAUGCCUUCAAUGAGCGGGAUCCGUACAAAGCUGAUGACUCCCGUGAGGAAGAGGAGGAAAACGAUGAUGACAACAGCCUGGAGGGAGAGACCUUCCCCCUCGAACGGGAUGAAGUGAUGCCUCCCCCCACCCAGCACCCCCCCAGCGACCGCAUCACCUGCCCCAAGGGGCUGCCCUGGGCCCCCAAGGUCCGAGAGAAGGACAUCGAGAUGUUCCUGGAGUCCAGCCGCAGCAAGUUCAUCGGCUACACGCUUGGCAGUGACACCAACACCGUGGUGGGAUUGCCAAGGCCCAUCCAUGAGAGCAUCCGAACCCUGAAGCUGCACAAGUACACGUCCAUUGCAGAGGUCCAAGUGCACAUGGAAGAUGAGUUCCUGCGCUCCCCGCUCUCUGGAGGUGAAGAAGAAGUGGAGCAAGUCCCUGCAGAGAUCCUGUACCAGGGCCUGCUGCCAAGCCUGCCCCAGUACAUGAUUGCUCUGCUGAAGAUCCUCCUCGCUGCAGCCCCCACUUCCAAAGCCAAGACAGACUCCAUCAACAUCCUGGCAGAUGUCUUGCCAGAGGAGAUGCCGACCACGGUGCUGCAGAGCAUGAAGUUAGGGGUGGAUGUGAAUCGGCACAAGGAGAUCAUUGUCAAAGCCAUUUCUGCUGUGCUGCUCCUCCUGCUCAAGCACUUCAAGCUGAACCACAUCUACCAGUUUGAGUACAUGGCCCAGCACCUCGUCUUUGCCAACUGCAUCCCGCUCAUCCUGAAGUUCUUCAACCAGAACAUCAUGUCCUACAUCACUGCCAAAAACAGCAUUUCUGUCCUGGACUACCCAUACUGUGUGGUGCACGAGCUGCCUGAGCUGACAGCAGAGAGCCUGGAAGCUGGAGACAACAACCAGUUCUGCUGGAGGAACCUCUUCUCCUGCAUCAACCUCCUGCGCAUCCUGAACAAGCUCACCAAGUGGAAGCACUCCCGCACCAUGAUGCUGGUGGUGUUCAAGUCAGCCCCUAUCCUGAAGCGGGCGCUGAAGGUGAAGCAGGCCAUGAUGCAGCUCUAUGUGCUGAAGCUUCUCAAGGUCCAGACCAAGUACCUGGGCCGGCAGUGGAGGAAGAGCAACAUGAAGACCAUGUCAGCCAUCUACCAGAAGGUGCGGCACCGUCUCAACGACGACUGGGCUUACGGCAAUGACCUGGAUGCUCGUCCCUGGGAUUUCCAGGCAGAGGAAUGUGCCCUUCGUGCCAGCAUCGAGCGCUUCAACUCGCGCCGCUACGACCGGGCCCACAGCAACCCUGAUUUCCUGCCUGUGGACAACUGCCUGCAGAGCGUGCUGGGCCAGCGCGUGGACCUGCCCGAGGACUUCCAGGUCAACUACGACCUGUGGCUGGAGAGGGAGGUCUUCUCCCGCCCCAUCUCCUGGGAGGAGCUGCUGCAGUGAUGGACACCGGCCAGGCCGGAGGGGGUUGCUUUGGGGAGAGCUCAAGGCUGCUGCUGAGGGGCAGGAGGAUUGAAGCUUUGGAGAGGGGGUCUGUGGGUGCCUGGACCCCCCCCCCCCCCAGUGGUGGGCUUGGGAAGAGGCUGGAGCUGUGGAGUCCUCACCAAGACACCAUCCCGCCCCUCUGCCUCCUUCCAUGCUAUGCCAGGCUCAACCCUGAGCCGAGCGUGAAGGUUUGGUGGAGGUAGUUCCCUAUGGGGUGUUGGGGGGGGGACGACACCUGUGUGCACCCCAAGAGGCAGCACCACCAGCACCCUCCUCCUGCCCCCCACCAGCCGGGGUCAAGAAGGGGGAGCAGGCAGCGGGGUGAGGGUCCCUUCGGUGCUGCUGGGGGGCCGCGGGGAGCAGAGGCUGGUGUGGCAGGAGAACGGGGGGGCCCUGCCGGGCUUCGGGGUGCAGGGAGGCGGUGGAGACUGCAGUGUCCCCUCGCCCCGCUGGGGGGCGCGGGUGAGCUGUACGCAUACAUCUGGUCCUGAUGCUG